AUGCAAAGCGUUGCAUCAAUUUGGCAGCCGCUUGCGCGCUGGCCCUUGCUGCUCUUUGCCGCUCCCUUCCGCUCAUCCUCGUCGUCCCCCUCUUCCCCGCCCCAUUCGCGUGUGCAGCUCGGCGUGUGUGUGACGGUUCUGAAGCAGCAGUGCCGCGAGCAUGGCGUCGCCCGAUGGCCGUUCCGCAAGAUCCGCAAGCUCGAUCACAUGCUGUGCGCGCUCGAGGGGGCCGUCAACCGCCCGGGGGCGGCGAGCAGCAGCCAGCCCGCGCUCACGGCGCAGCAGGCGCACACGAACCACCAGCGGAAGCGCAAGAUUGGCGCGGUGAAGGAGACGCUGUCGGGGCUCUUGACGGAUCCCAACUCCGCGGCGCACAUGCGCCUCGGCAAGAUUAAGUACAAGCGCUUCCGGCCGUUCCUCGCGGAAGAUGAUCGGAACAUUCGCCCGCGGCCCCUGCACGCGUCGGCUCGACACGCUCACGCUCCCGCUGACGUUCCCGCCGACGCUGACAUUGACGUUGACGUUGACGCUAACGUCAGUGGCUCCAACGCCGAGGCGCGCAAUGCCGCUGGCGCUGGCACUUUCCAUAUGCCGGACUUUGACAUGAACGAGCCGCCUUGCAGCGAGGUCGAAUUCGACAGUUCCGCCGAUUUAACCCGUUGCGCGGAUGCCGUUGCUUGCGCGCGCGACAUUGCGUGCGCGCGCGACAUUGCGUGCGCGGACGGCAUUGCUUGCGCGGGCAACGAAGCACGCGCGGACGACGUUGCUCGCGCGGACGGUAUUGCGGCCGACUCGUCCUGUUUCACGACGCCUCUCCCCACGCCGCUGCCCACGCCGCUUUCCACGCCCACGUCCUCUCGUCGCCCGCCGCCCGCGCUUCCCCCUUUGUCCCUCGAGCCGUGCAGCGCGCUGGCAUGCGCGCGCGCACUUCCCCGCUCCUUACUCUCCCCUAUUGCCUCCGCUGGAAACGCGAAUCCAUUCACCUCGCCGCUGCACCUGCCAUCACUCCCAUCCCUUCCACUCGCGUCGCCGCUCUGCCUGGACGACGAUGUACCAGCUGCGAGGCAUUGUCUAUACAAUGCAUUCUAG